CCUAGUUUUUUGAUAGCAAACCAAAAAAUUUCCUGUGCAACCACCAAAUUUUAGUAACAAAAAGAAUCGCAAUGUCCAAACAGCUAUCGAGUUUCAAGAGGUCUAGCAAUAAGGCAAAUUACUUCACACCUGCAAGCAUGGUUGACUUGGCCAAUCAGCUUUUCGAUAAGACCAAACAACUGAGCAUGUCGAUUAAGGAUCAGCGCAAAUUGCUGCAGGAAUAUCUGAGUGCCAAAAUCGAGGGCAGCGAUGAAAGUGAAGUGGACAGUGGUACUGAUUCUGAUAGCGAUAGCGAAUCCGAGGAGGAUUCUUAUUCCGAAUCCGAGGAUGACUCCGACUCCUUGUCCGAUGAAGAAACGGAGGAGAGCAGCGAUGAAUCUGAAUUGGAAUCUAUUGAUGAUGAGAAGAACUCCAAAACUUCCUCCCCAGCAUCUAUUAAAAAACGUGAAAAACUUGCUGCCAGGGAACUGGAGCUUUCCAUUCACCUAAACAGCAAACUUGAAACUUCUGUGGCUCCUUCCAAAUACUCAGCAGAACCUCAAUCUCGCAUCCAGCGUCGCAUUACAAUGGCCGGAGGAUUGGUACCUUCUCCCAUUCGCAAAUCCCAGACUUUCGACAAGGAAAGUGAACAGAAACCCAAAUCAGAAGAAGUCAAGUCCUGUCAAAUAGCCAACAAUGUGAAAGCCCCUUUACGUCCAGAAGACCAGAAACCCCAAAGGAAUCCCAGUGUCAAUUGCUUAAUCAAGUCCAAAGUCAGUGAUUUCUCUAAAGAAUUUAGACAAACGACAAUUAGGCUUGCUGAUCCCAGAAUUUAAUUUUGUAUAUUUUUUUAACUAAAUCAUUUUAUAAUUUGUAAUAUCCUUUUAUAAUUUAUGGCUUUGGA